UCUACACGUCAUACGUCAGCGCGAGCUGCUCGGGCGAGCACGUGAAUUACGCGAACAUUUUAAAGCGCAUUACAUUAAUGCGCUAUUAUUCAGCAAACAGCAAAUCUGUCGGAUCGUGGUUCUAGAAUUGUGACUUAGUUCAAAAUAAUAUCGCUACUAAACCAUUCAGCCGCGAUCAAGCUGAAAGACUCCGUGAUAAAACUUUAACAGGGCUGGAAUGAAUAAAGUCCGUCAAUAAUUAUAUUGAUGAUGGAUAAUCCUGAGGUAGAUUCGUUAAAUCUGCACGGAGAUGAGGAAAUCAUCGAGGUUAUUGAUCUCAACGACACAGAACAGACCGCAGAGGAUCUGGCGGAGGAGCUUGAGGAUGUAGAUUUUGAGGAGGCUGGGAAUGUGGAUGAUGAUGGAUGGGAGACGGAGGAUGAGAUGGAGUCUGAGCAGGAUGACAGCGAACUAACCUUCUCCAAACACACGGGUUCUGUCUUUUGUGUCAGCUUGGACCCAGUGACCAACAGUCUGGCUGUCACGGGUGGAGAGGAUGACAGGGCGUAUGUGUGGAGCGUGUCGGAUGGAGACGUGCUGUUUGAAUGCACCGGUCACAAGGAUUCUGUCACAUGCGCCUCGUUCAGCUCUGAUUCCAUGCUGGUGGUGACCGGUGAUAUGAGCGGUCUCAUUAAGGUCUGGAAAGUGGAGAGCAAGGAGGAAAUCUGGUCUUUUGAAGUUGGAGACCUGGAAUGGUUGGAGUGGCAUCCCUGUGCUCCGGUGCUGCUGGCUGGAACGGCUGAUGGGAACGUCUGGAUGUGGAAGAUCCCGAGUGGAGAGUGCAAGACGUUUCAAGGACCCAGCUGCCAGGCGACCAGCGGGAAGAUCCUUCCUGAUGGAAAGAGAGCAAUUGUGGGCUAUGAGGACGGAAGUUUACGUCUGUGGGACUUAAAACAAGGCAAUGCCGUUUAUGUCAUUAAAGGUCAUGACGGUCAUCAGGGAGCGCUGACCUCUAUAGAGUGUAAUAAAGAGGGGACGCUGGCUCUGACGGGGUCAGUGGAUGGUCAGGCUAAACUCAUCAACACAUCCACUGGAAAGGUGUUAUGCUCAUUGUCCAAUAAAACCAGUGAAGCAAAAGACUCUAUGCAGGAACAGGAUUCUAACUCUGUGGAGUCUGUGGGGUUUUGUAAUGUGUUACCCCUAGUUGCUGUUGCUUAUCUGGAUGGCACCCUUGCCAUUUAUGAUAUGACUUCACAGAGCCUCAGACAUCAGUGUAAACAUGAGGUGGGUGUCGUGCACCUGCAGUGGGAGGAGUCCUCUGCAGUCGUGUCCACCUGUAGUCUGGCCGGUGUGAUCACUCUGUGGGACGCCAGAUCAGGAGUCAUGAUGUCUGAGUACCGUGGACACUCUGCUGAGAUCCUUGACUUUGUGCUGAACAGAGAUGCAUCAGUUGUCAUCACUGCUGGAGGAGACCAUAAAGCCAAAGUGUUCUGCCUGCAGAGACCUGACCGAUAGAGCGAUCCCGUUAGACUUCAGCAUCUCUCAUACCUUCCCUCUGAUACACAGUCACAUUUAAACUGCAGCUUUUUAAAAGUUUUAACAGAGUUGUGCUGUCCAUUCUUGUUAUGAUUGUUCUUGUCUUUUGUUUUAGGCAACAUACAGCUGUAAUUGGCAUGCCAUCUACAUUAUGUGUGUUCUAGUAAUGUUUAUGAAGACAAAUCUCAGUGGUUCACUAUGCAGUGACAUUCUGGAGAUGUGUCUGUCAGAGGUUGUUGCAACAGUGUCAUGAUGAAGUUGAAAUUGACUUUUCAUAAACUUUGAAGCACAUGGUUUUAUAGAGAGGCACUGUAUGUAGAGGUAUUGAGAUUUGUCCUCACUGAAAUUACUGAAAUAAUUACAUCCAAUAAUCAGAAGGGGGUGUAUGCAAAAUUCAGUUCCAGUAAAUUAAAAAUGCACAGUUAAUCCUAGGUUUUGGAUUACUCUAACUGCUUCUAACUGGAUGCUCAGAUUAAAGAUCUUCCUGUUGAUGUUGUUAAGUGUCUGAUUGCUGGUCAUUUUUCUCACAGCACUAUCUGUAAAUCAUUAGUAGUGACACACAUUCUCAACUGCCUGGGGACUGUCUUGGAGUGCAGUGCUGAAUGGAUGGCCAUACAUACGAAACCUUAUUUUUCUUUCUUUGUAACAAGUUACUAUAAUGUUUGAAAUGUGAUGUGUGAAUAAACACACUGAGAGGUUGAAUGCUUCCCAGAGAAACUGA